GUUUGUCAUCGUUUUCACUUUUCAGUCCUAAGUUGAUUCCAUUCGUUUUACUGUCUAUGGUAACUUGUUACUUAGUUGAGUAGAGUACGCCCCCACGAGUUCAGGCAUGGUGAAUUCAAGAUUUGGGUUCAGGCUUGGGUUGGGUAGGUGAUUGUGUCACGGCGGUCUGUUGGGUUUGAGUGCAGCGCGUCUCAAGGAAGGAAGGUAGCAGAUAGUUAACGUUGGCUCUCUUUUAUUGAACACUAACUGCCAUGGACAUUGUAUUCAACUCGGAGAUGAGUGUUCUUUAGCUGGUUCGGUAAAUUACAUUUCCUUAAAAAUAAAAUAGGAUAAUUUGAGCGAAGACUUGCUAAGUAGCUAACAAGGGCAUCGUAGUAACUAGGAAAUCGAUUGGCCCUGCUGCUGCUGGACAGGACAGCUAGUUUCAUUUUUCCAUGUGAAUAUCAAAUAUGUUCAUUCCGGGAUACUCGGGCUACGUUUACUUAAACAUCUCAUAAAGAAAUGGAUGCCUUUAUAUAGUUAGAGAACGAUUAAGUUAACUUAACCACUGUCUGUCGCAAUGCGUUUCAACGAGAAGGAGCUUGUCUCUCUGAGCCGUCAACCCUCCGAGCGGGCAGCGGAGCUAGGAAUGAGGGGACCAAAGAAAGGAGACGUUGUUAAGAAGAGACUGGUGAAACUGAUUGUGAAUUUCCUGUUUUACUUUCGCACCGACGAGGAGGAGCCUGUCGGAGCUCUUUUGUUGGAGCAGUGUCGGGUAGAGAGAGAGGACGAUCUAGCCUUUUCCGUAGCUUUUCUGGACGAGGCUGAGAGAAAAUAUCUGUUUGAGUGCGACUCCCAGGAACAGUGCCUUGAUUGGAUAGACUCCAUCAUCAAAGCCAGCUAUGAGUUCAUGCGAAAGAACUUGAUUUUCUACCGCACUGAGAUCCAUCGACUCACAGGCAAGGAUCCUUUGGAGCAGUAUGGGAUAUCUGACGAGACCCGCUUCCAGGUGAACAGUGGCCUUCCUCCUCUGCCUGCUACUUCCACAUAAACACCGUCUGACCCAUUCCCAGUCUCCAUAAACCCCUCACAUACACAGAGACAAUUCUGUUCAACCUCAAAUCAUGAACCUAUUAUAGCCACCCAGCACCGUUAUUGGUAGCCCUGCGCUUUCUGUAGUGAUGCCAUUAUUGGUAGCCAUUACCUUUCUGUAUUGAGCUAAUAACACCCAUCUCUUCUGGGGUCAGAGGUGUCUCAGACAGCUUUCAUGGGGGGUAGCUUCUUAUGAUAUCGCAGAAAUACGUAGAUUUCUGAAACAAACUUCCAGAUGUGGUCAUUGUGUUUGCACAAUUGGGUCAGUCAGUUUUUUUUUUUUAUUUUUGGUGUUCCCCGUGAUUAAAAUGGCACGGGAUAUAGGGCUGUCUGGUUUUGAUGCCAUGUCUUUCACAGUGUAGGUAUCAGCUAUCUCCGAGCCAGUUAUUUCACUGUCUUAAGUGGCUGUAGGGGUACAGACAUUAUUCUGACUAUCAGGGUUACACUUAUUUGUCAGAUUUCAUGUUCACUGAAUUUCGUGUGUGCCUUUUUUUAAGGGGUGCAGCUGCCUUUGUUGUGCUUUCUUUUAUGCAAAAUCUUUUGUUAGGUAGAUAAGCAAAGUAGUUAGGCAUCUAAUCAUUCACACAAUCAUUUUGCACAGUUCCUUACUUUGUCUAUGUUUGUACUGUGUCUGUGUUUUAUGGUAGGUAGGACUUUGAUCACAUCAGUACCUAAAUUAGUAAUUUGUAUUAAAAAAGAAAAUCACUUCAAAGAUGGUCAGUAAAAUAGUACCGUGCAUUUUAAUGCUGUUCUCCAAGCUCUCUGGAGGCACAAACAUUUCUCAGAACAGUUACUGUAUUUUUACGUGACACUGAAAUGCUCUGUAUUGAAGACAGGAAUUUUGAACUGCGAGCAAAUUGUUGUAUACAGGACAAAGACCAUGUUAUAUAAUCUCACUUUAAAACAGCAAUAUGUUGUCAACAGACAUAAUAAUUCAAUAAGUUAUCUCAUUUCAAAGUGAAGAUUUUAUUUGUUGCAAAUUACCUUAAUCCAACUUCAAAAGACAUGAGUUUCAUUUGAGUACUUGGAUUUCUGAUGAUAUGUGGGUUAGGUAGGUGACAUUUCAAGAUAAAGUCUCAACAUCGUUUCACUUUUUUACAGCACACAUUUGAGUUGGGCUGUAAUAACUCAUAACAAUCAUCUAUUUUUUUAUAAUAAAUGUUUCCUUAAUUUA